CAAGCCGCCGCCACACAGCCGUGGCCUCUCGCUGCUUUUCUCUUUCUCCUCGUUGCUGUGCUGCUUGUUCUUUGUGGGGAGGUCCCGGGUGGUGGGUGUGAAGCCCUCCACCCUCUGAAGCCUCCGCUCUCGCUUUCCUUCUUUCUUGUUUGUCAGAAAUGGGGAGCGUGUGCCCUCUUCUCUCAAGGUGCGUGAACAAAAUGUCUUCUUUAACUUAGAGAGUUCCAGUUUUUUAAUCAAUAAAAUAAAGCUUUUUUCAUCCACUUUGCUUGUUCCUACCCUCUGCAACCACCCAGGCCCUGGGACAGCUGUGAGGCAGCUCACUUGGAAGAGGCAGAUGCCAGGGAGGAUACAAAACUCACCAGUCCACAUGAUUUGUCACAGUGUUUGUAGUGAAUCACUUGCUGGUACUACAGAUUAGUGCUGAACAGAGGUGUUUCCAUUCCAGCAUCAACACUAAACUCCAUGGUUGCCUCAGCCUAUGACUGUUGUGAUGACGGCAUGUACUGGUAUUGAAAAUAUUGAUGAAGCUAUAACGUUGCUUGAACAAAAUAACUGGGAUUUAGUGGCAGCUAUAAAUGGUGUUAUACCACAAGAAAAUGGCAUUCUACAAAGUGAGUACGGUGUAGAGACUUUGCAUGGACCAGCGUAUGGCCCCAGCAGUCACUCUGCUGCAGCUUCUUCAGCUCCCUCCUCCUCCUCAGCAUUUCGCCAUGUAGUGCCAUCCAGACAAAUAGUGGAAAGACAACCUCGGAUGCUUGACUUCAGGGUUGAGUACAGAGACAGAAAUGUGGAUGUAGUACUUGAAGACAGCUCUACAGUUGGAGAUAUCAAACAUAUUCUAGAAAAUGAACUUCAGAUUCCUGCAUCUAAAAUGCUGUUAAAAGGGUGGAAGACUGGAGAUGUAGAUGAUAGUACUGUUUUAAAAAGUCUACACUUGCCAAAAAAUAAUAGUCUUUAUGUUCUAACACCUGACCUGCCUCCUCCUUCUUCAAGUCAUUCUGGGGCCCUGCAGGAGUCAUUAAAUCAAAACUUCAUGCUGAUUGUCACCCAUCGAGAAGUCCAGCGGGAGUACAACCUCAACUUCUCAGGAAGCAGUACCAUUCAGGAGGUGAAGCGGAAUGUGUAUGACCUGACCAGUAUCCCUGUCCGUCACCAGCUGUGGGAAGGUUGGCCUUCUUCUGCCACAGAUGACUCGAUGACUUUAGCUGUGUCAGGAGUGACUUUUCCUUGCCAUCGACUCACAGUUGGAAGAAGAUCUUCUCCUGUACAAACAAGGGAGCAGUCAGAGGAGCAAUGCACUGAUGUUCAUAUGGUUAGUGAUAGUGAUGGAGAUGACUUUGAAGAUGCUACUGAGUUUGGAGUUGAUGAUGGAGAAAUGUUUGGAGUAGCUUCAUCUGCCUUGAGGAAAUCACCAAUGAUGCCAGAAAAUGCUGAAAAUGAAGGAGAUGCCUUAUUACAAUUUACAGCAGAGUUUUCUUCAAGAUAUGGUGACUGCCAUCCUGUUUAUUUUAUUGGAUCAUUAGAGGCUGCUUUUCAAGAAGCCUUCUAUGGGAAAGCUAGAGAUAGAAAGCUUCUUGCUAUUUACCUCCACCAUGAUGAAAGUGUACUAACCAACGUCUUCUGCUCACAAAUGCUUUGUGCUGAAUCCAUUGUCUCCUACCUGAGUCAGAACUUCAUAACCUGGGCAUGGGACAUGACAAAAGAAGCAAACAGAGCAAGGUUUCUGACGAUGUGCACUAGACAUUUUGGGAGUGUUGUAGCCCAAACCAUUCGAACUCAGAAGACAGACCAGUUUCCACUUUUCCUUAUUAUUAUGGGAAAACGAUCAUCUAAUGAAGUGUUGAAUGUAAUACAAGGUAACACAACAGUGGAUGAGCUGAUGAUGAGGCUGAUGGCUGCAAUGGAGAUCUUCAGUGCCCAGCAGCAGGAAGACAUAAAGGAUGAGGAUGAACGUGAAGCCAGAGAAAAUGUGAAGAGAGAGCAGGACGAAGCGUACCGCAUCUCGCUGGAGGCUGACAGAGCCAAGAGGGAAGCACAAGAGAGAGAAAUGGCAGAGCAGUUUCGCCUGGAACAAAUCCGGAAGGAGCAGGAGGAGGAGCGUGAGGCCAUCAGGCUGUCUCUGGAGCAGUCCUUGCCCCCCGAGCCGAAGGAGGAGAGCACCGAGUCCGUCAGCAAACUCCGCAUCCGGACGCCCAGCGGCGAAUUCUUUGAGCGGCGUUUCCUGGCCAGCAGCAAGCUGCAGGUUGUCUUUGAUUUUGUAGCUUCCAAGGGAUAUCCUUGGGAGGAGUACAAGCUGCUGGGCACCUUUCCGAGGAGAGAUGUGACCCAGCUGGAUCCAAAUAAAUCAUUACUGGAGGUAAAACUGUAUCCUCAAGAAACCCUUUUCCUAGAGGCAAAAGAAUAGAUCAAACAAGAUUGUAGGACUAAUCAUCCUUUGAUAAGCCAGAGGCACAGCAUCGAGAGGAAGACUUCUCUGAGCACCACCUUGUACUGACAUCCAGCUCAAUUCCAUGUCACAAGUUUUGCCUCUUGCAAGAAUCCUGAAAAAUUGAAAAAACAAACAUAGCUACUUAAAGUUUCACCUACAUGAGUAUAUGUUUCCAACCUCAUUUAAAUGAGCAGAGGAUAAAGUUCUGCUAUGAACACUGAACAUUAUGAUUCUGUUGCUCACUUAUCAUCCAGCUUUUGUUAUAAUUAAUGCACUGUUAAAAUGUGAGUGAUUGUUAAGUAGAAUUUUUACUCCUCAAAUGCCCCUUUUUCACCAAGGAAUCUUGGACAUUUCUGCCUGUACUUUUGACACUAGAAUGCUGUAUAUUUGAUAUCUCACUGAGCCAGUGCUCUCAUAUAUAUGCAUUUUAUUUCUGUGUUUGAAUUUCUACUUUGUCAACUAAUUUUAAAAGGCAGAAAAAAAAUUAAUGGGACAUUCUCAGCCAUGGAAAUUUAACAGUAUUAUAGUAGAAAGCAUAUAAUUUUUGUUAGUACUUUCUGACUUCUUUGAUAAGAUGUAAGGUUUUGUUUGGAGAAUAUAGUUUGACAUAUAUGCGAGAUAUUUAUUUACUGGUUCUGCUUUGGGUCUCAGUUCCAAUUCAGUUUAGGAAGUAUUUUCCAUUACAUUGCAGUGUGAAACUGCUUAUUGCAUGAUGUGAAUAUUUAAAUAACAUUAGACAUGGCCAGUACCAGAAACCUGGUAUCUUGCCAACACUUCAGGAAUCAGCUGAUAUUGAAUAUCAGCUGUUAAAAACCUUUCAAAUACCAGAUACAAAAGUUCUUUAUUUCUCCUUGUGAAAGAAAGGGCAGUUCCCAUUCUAGCAGUUUUUCUUCAUUCUGGCACUUGCUUGUCUCCUAUUACUCUGCUGGUUUAAAGCACCUUGUUUGGUUCAUCAAACAAUGGGUAUUUUAAGGGGCGGUGUAAUAAGAAAUCUGCCUUAUUGUUGCACACUUUGGACAUAUUAACAAUACAUUAUUGAUCCCAUCUCAAAUUAAAGAAAUCAUAGUUCUGUUGUCUGAAAUGUAUGCACCAGCUACCUGCUACCUGACAUGGAAAAAUCUAGUAUUUUAAAUUUCUCAACCAUAGAAUGAGCAUACUGAGGCUAAGACUAUAAUGUGCAGUUGAUGCCAAACCUGCAUCAAAACUGGUUUAUUUGGGGGUUGUUUUCUUACUUUUUUUUUUUUUUUUUUUUUUCCUUUUUUUUCCCCCCUUUUUUUUUUUUUUUUUUUUUUUUCUGAGCUUGCAGGAUGGUGUGCAUUAGCACUACAGGAUCAUCAUCUGCUAAACUAAUUUGUUUUUCAUUUAAAGCCUGGCACAUUGUUUUCCAUCUAUGUUUAUACGUAAUUCAUAGUGUUUAUUGUAGCUGAAUGAGUUCUGAUUUGAAAAUUUUAUACUAAGCUAAAACCAGUUGCACACAUCUUUUAGUCUUUCUUUUUUUCUUUGGAAGGAUGGUGGUAUAAAAUUAAAUGUAUGCCUAUUAUUAAGAUGUUAGUGAUGCUGAUAUAUUGUUACCUUUACCAAAAAUGCGAAUUUCUGAGCGGGCAAAGCCUUAUUCUACCUUUUAUAAUUCUGUAAUUAGUGAGUGCUACACCAGACACUUUUAGAAGUGAAGUAUCUAUGACAAACAAAAGGUAUAGAAGUGUAAGCAAAUCCUGAUAAUUUGCAGUUCACAAAUAAAAGAAUUCCUAGCCAACAGAAUGAUAAAUGUAUGUGUAAUGGAAAGCUGAAUGCAGACGCUUCAUUCUGAACUUCCAUUUUCUUACAAAAAAAAAAUUCCACUGCGUUUAUUAAAUAAUAAAUUAACAUGGGAUGCAAAUUGGGGUUAUGCUGUUUCUACAAACAAUCACAGUAAACAUACAACAGGAUUUUAAAGUGAUGCAUAUCUUUUUUUUUUUCCUUCUAAGUUGGCUUUUGAGGAAAGGAGUUGCUGAAAUAGUGCUUCAUGAAGCAAAGCAACCUUCCAGCUAAUUUGUUUAUAUUAAUCUGUUCUGUUUAACUUCUGUUUGAUCUCAUCAGGCUGUUUUCUCUCACUCAACUUGAUUUCUGUAUUUUGACUAUAUAUUCUUUACUUUGAUACUAGUUUUAUAAAGUUAUUAAAUGUGGCUUGAAUAUUUG